UAGUGAAAACUAUGCAGACAGGCUUUUCUGGUCAGAAGAAUGUGGUAGAUAAAUGGAGGCAACUCCGGGGUGCCAGUGUGUCUGGUGUGAAUUUCACGAGCUCCUACUGUUAGUCUCUCCGAGCUUUUGAGUUUCAUCUCCUAAAAAUCACGUGCUGGAAUUUUGUCUUUACUCAGCUUUUUUGGUGCAAGUACUUAACGCCUGCGGCUCCUGCAGAGCCUGAGCUCCUCCGGAGGGCGUUUUACACCACCUGAGGCGCAGAGAGGGUCUGAUUUGAUGAAAAGGAGAAUGUAUCAAACUGCAUCCAGCUGAAGACUUCAGUUAUUAAAGGUAUUAAGAAUCAACUGAUAGAUCAGUUUCCUGUUAUUGAACCAUGGCUAAACCAGAUCAUGCCAAAGAAAGACCCUGUCAAAAUAGUAAGAUGUCAUGAACAUAUAGAAAUCCUCACUGUGAAUGGGGAGUUGCUGUUCUUCAGGCAAAGAGAAGGGAUUUUUUACCCAACGUUAAGGUUACUCCACAAAUGUAAGUUUCCUGAGGACAGCUCUGGUGGCGGGGAAAGGGAUCCAUUUAUUCUACCACAUCAGCAGGUUGAUAAAGGAGCGAUUAAAUUUGUACUAAGUGGAGCUAAUAUAAUGUGCCCUGGCCUGACAUCUCCUGGAGCAAAACUUUACCCUGCUGCCAUUGAUACUGUUGUUGCAAUAAUGGCAGAGGGAAAACAACAUGCAUUAUGUGUGGGAGUAAUGAAGAUGUCAGCUGAGGACAUUGAGAAGGUCAACAAAGGGAUUGGUAUCGAAAAUAUCCAUUAUUUAAAUGAUGGCCUUUGGCAUAUGAAGACGUACAAGUGAAACAAAAGGAACUGUGUUACUCCAAAGGAAUGCACUUAGAUUAAAUGUGGACUGCUUUGUAAUUCCUUCUGUUUUUAAUGUGACUGAAUGUACAAAUUACUUUGUUCUGUGGCUAUGCUAAAUAAAUCAAGUGAAUGCGAAAGUA